AUGAUACAAGCGUCAUCGAGUACUGAGCCAAAAAAGGUGGACUACACCUCAGAUAAAAUCGAACCUCAUCUACCUCACUUACUUGAUGACCCAGACGACUUGAGCUAUGAAGAAAGUGGCAGCGACGCCAUUGUUCAGACUCUCAGGGAAGCAGAGUCCGAAGAUGCUAGCGAUGCAUCUUCCUUCUACGAGGGAAGCCCAGAAAGGCCAAACAGAUUCAAAGGAUCUAGGAGAGCCUGGUUUGCAUUAACGACAAGAGAGAGGCAAGAAGCCACAGCUCUCGAAACUAUUCAAUCACAGGACCUAUCCAUCCAUCUUUUCAAUGCAUUUUCACUGAAACAGCGAGCAGGCCAUAUAAAGGAGAUAAGGGCUAGCGGUAAUUGGGAUAAUUUCGCCAGGGAUAAUGGGUUCCGAGAGGAUUUAUUAUCUACAUUUGCGCCCGCUAAAACCUGGACUGCAUGGCCUGAGAGGGCGAUUUAUGUCCCACGGCCAGACGAAAUGUUAGCAAAGGCUGAUGAUGAAUACUGGACUAUCCGGCAGGCCCCAGAUGCUAGACCUAGCGCGGACCUCGAAGAGCACAUCAUGGCGAUGAUGUUGAAAUCAGCUAAAGAAAGAUUUCAAUCUCGCAAAUUUUCACCUUCUCGGUCCCUGGAAGGGACUCCUGACACUCUAUCUGAAUUAGAGUCACUGGUAUCCCACAAACGAGAAGACGAUGGAAUAGAUGAUAUCGAGGGGGGGUGCUACCUUCGCCCUGUGGUGCAAGCAGACGACGAUCAAGCGAGGCGACUCCUUCGCCCUGAGGCCCGCCAUGUCAUUAGCAAACUUGACGAAUUACUGUUGAGUCUUUACAAGAGUCGUGAAACUUACCUCACAGCAGCUGAUCUUGCGAGCUGCGAAGGAAAUGGAGAUGAGAUGACGCGACACGGGAGGAGAUGCAAGAGGGGAAGCCAGUCGAAAACGACGUCUGGUACUACUACUCCCCAGGGUACCUCGUCUCCCUAUAGCAACACGAUAGAUGAACUAGCCGAGAAUGCUGCAGACGUUCCACAAGCCCGAAAACGACGAAAACGCGCCGCACCGCGUAGGGCGAGACUGGGCCUGCGAGACUGGAGCGAUAUUCUGGGUGUUGCGUCCAUGAUCGGAUGGCCAAAGGCUGCCGUGAUGAGGACUGCCCGGCGGUGCGCAGAUCUUUUCAAGGAAGAUAUGUUAUUUCGGACUUUCAAUGAAGGGAAUCUUCAGCUUGAAAUAGAUAAUAGUGGCUCACCCUCUUGGGCGUUUGUCGAACAUGAAGAACACAAUGACAAUGGCAAGCAUGCAUCUCCUGACUGUAUUGGAAAGCAUAAAGAAAUGCCAUUUGUCUGCCCAGUAGAGGAGUGCAGACGGCAUCGCUUUGGGUUUUCGAGGAAGUGGAAUUUAGAUCAACACAUUCAAAACAAGCAUCCUCAGGUCCCAAUUGAUUCUAGACCUAGAAGAAAGCGUCGGAGAAUAUCUAGAGAACUCUCUGCACAAUAUAUUCCAGUAUGA